GAGGCGAUGGCGGCGAUGGCGUCGUCGUCGUCGAGGCCGCCGCGGCCCAAGAAGGAGCCGCAGCCGCUCGUCAUCCCCAGGAGCGCCGCCGACGAGCAGAGGCUGAGGCUCGAGAGGCUCAUGAAGGCCCCGGAUAAAACUGUGCCAAUCCCAGAGAAGAUCAAUGAGUGGGCACCCAGGCCUCCCCCUGAAUUCGUCAGAGAUGUGAUGGGUUCCAGCGCCGGGGCCGGCAGCGGAGAGUUCCACGUGUACCGCCACCUCCGCCGGAGGGAAUACCAGAGGCAAGACUUCAUGGACGCCAUGGCCGAGAAGCAAAGAAAGGAUGAAGAGUUCCAGCAGCGCCUGCAGAGAAACAAGGCGGCGGCCGAGGAGCAGACGGCCAAGCGCAGGAAGAAGCGCCAGAAGAUGAAGGAGAAGAAGCUGUUGGCCAAGAAGGCUAAACUGGAACAGAAGCAGCAGAAAGAAGGGUCCGAUCGUUCUCCAGAGCAGCCGCCCAGUGACUCGGAGGAGGAAGAGGAAGAGGAGGACCAGCCCAGCUUUGUGAUGGGAGGCCGGUGAUGGGGCCAGGCCCGGUGAAAGUAUGGCUUGCUGGGUGUCGAGGACAGAAACACCAUCCGCUGUGGCCCCUCUGUAGCUUCGUGGGGAGCCAGGCCGAACUCCCCACGUUGCCGCCUCGCCGAAACGAGACCCCCGAAGCCCCGGGGCGUCCCAGGAGCCCUCAGGCGGAGCCUCGGGUCGGGGGGCGGGGGUCGCCCCAGGAAGCAGCUGUUGGGCAUUCGAACAAAAUCCGUUUCUCCGCGGAGAUAGCUGGCUGCCGAGUUUUGCAACACAGGUUUCGGUGGAGUCCUGGCAGCCCUGGGCCCCAGACGGCCAUUUGUGAAAAACAGAAAAGACACAUGGGGGCAGGGGAGGGAGGCGCUCUUUGGGGGAGCAGCGGCCAACGUGGAGAACCAAAGCCCGUCGGGCAAGAUGGUGCUCCCGGCCCGAGCCCCGACCUCUGGGGAGACCCUUUAACCUUCAGGGCCUCGUGGGGGCUGACCUCGGCCCCCGACCGGUGCCCGGGUUUGGGAGCCGGGGUGGGGGCAGAAGCAGAUCCGUUCCCCUCCUUUCUUCGGGUUAUGAGAAUAAACCUCCUCCCCAUCUUAGAUUUAGUCAAGUGUGUUGGUGGGUGGGGCACUUUGGGCGGUUGGGUCAGCUGAGGCUUGAGGAGGGGACAGCCUGUCCUAUAAAAGAAUAAUAAUUGUGGUAUUU